AUGAUUCGCAAACAAGCUCGGCAGCGUAGAGAUUAUCUCUAUCGCCGCGCUAUGCUCCUCCGCGAUGCCGAAAUUAGCGAGAAGAGAGCGAAGUUGAGAAGCUCGCUCGCCUCAGGAAGACCAUUGGAUCCAUCGAUAGCAAACGACAAGACGCUCAGGAAGGAUUUCGCCUACGACGAAUCUCGCCCAGACAGAACUGCGAAUGAGGACCUCGACUUGGACGAUGAAUACUCUCAACUGUCUGGAAUUGUCGACCCGCGCGUCCUUGUCACCACGAGUCGUGAUCCCUCAGCUCGACUCGCCGCCUUCGCGAAAGAGAUUCGUCUGCUCUUGCCUACCGCCAUACGAUUGAACCGUGGCAACCUCAUCCUCCCCGAACUUACCCGAUCUGCCCAAGCGGCUGGGCUCUCCGACCUCAUAUUGCUCCAUGAACAUCGUGGUGUGCCAACUGCAUUGACUCUGUCACAUUUCCCCCAUGGGCCGACCAUAUCCUUCUCUCUGCACAAUGUGGUAUUGCGUCUCGACAUCCCGAACAGCAUAAAAGGAACCGUCUCUGAAUCCUACCCACACUUGAUCUUUGAUGGCUUCUCAAGUAGACUCGGUCAACGGGUUGUUAAGAUCCUCAAACACAUCUUUCCGCCGCGGGAGCCUGCGACAAGCAAGGCGAAACUCGGGAGCCGCGUGGUGACAUUCAAAAAUAUUGAUGAUAGUAUUGAGGUCCGUCAUCAUGUCUUCGUAAGGACGGGCCAUCAAAGCGUCGAACUAUCUGAAGUUGGACCUCGGAUGACGAUGAAGGUCUUCGAGAUUCGAAGUGGCACGUUAGAAGACAAGAACGGCGACGUCGAGUGGCACUUGAACAAUUAUACCAGGACGAGCAGAAAGAAGGACUAUUUGUGA